AUGGAGACGUCUUUCAUCCACCCGACAAGGUCUCCGUCGAUGACUUCUGCGCAAUCUCCUAGACAGCCCUCAAGAACACGCCGACGUGGCGCUGAUCCAGCCGACCAUCGAUCACCUUCGGAGCUGCUGAAAGAGAUCGGGAUCGCUGGAGCCGAAGUCGUCAAGAUUCUCAAAGGACGAGGGUGGGAAGUCAGUGAGCCAAAGGGGUUAGAGGAAUACAAACGCUAUUACCUCCCAGGGGGAAGAGCUAGAGGCGACGACGCCAAUCGAGGCGAAGACUACGUCGUGGGGGAGGGCGAGCUAUAUGCCUACGUUCUUGACAAAGGUAAAUUUAUUUCUUAG